AUGAAGGAGAAGAAGACGAUGUACGUGUUGGUGGACGUGCUGUGCGUUGUAGUUGUUUCCUGCACUGGCAACAUCAUUUCCUCCGGAGAAGCCUAUCUGGUUUACAGCAAGAGGAUUUACUCCAAUUCUGACUUCAACCAGUACGUGGCGGCCCUCUACAAGGUGGUGGGCACCUUCCUGUUCGGAGGGUCCGUCAGCCAGUCGCUCACCGACCUCGCCAAAUUCACCAUCGGCCGCCCGAGACCCAACUUCUUGUCCGUUUGUAAUCCUAAAGCCUGCACCGGGUACAUGCAGGUGAUCAACUGCACCGGAGUCCACCAGGACGUCACAGAGUCCAGAUUGUCCUUCUACUCCGGUCACUCCUCUUUCGGGAUGUACUGCAUGUUGUUCUUAGCGCUGUACGUGCAGGCCAGACUGGUGGCUAAGUGGGCCCGCCUCCUCCGGCCCACCAUCCAGUUCUUCCUGGUGGCCUUCGCGGUGUACGUUGGUUACACCCGAGUCUCAGAUUACAAGCACCACUGGAGCGACGUGCUGGUGGGGCUGCUGCAGGGAGCGCUCGUCGCUGUGCUUAAUGUGUGCUACGUGUCGGACUUCUUUAAGAAGCGUCCUCCGCGUUGCACGAGGCAAGACACGGCCGAUAACGAGGAGCCUGAGAGGAAACCCAGCCUGCAGAUCAUCGACUCGGAGAACAGCAACCAUUACAAUCAUCGACACACUACUGAGUGUGGUCCCGUGUGAGGGGGCGGACGAUGAGGAACGGGGGCUGCUGCCUGCAGACUCAAACCUGUGAGAUAGGGUCCAGAACUGGGGGUUCUACCUUUUUAAAUGUCCAGCCUGCAGGGUUUAGGUUAGUCCUGACUCAGUGGGCUGCCUGCUGCUGAUGUGAGAAGCCCCAGACUGUCUUUAUGAAUGCUGCAACUCACCAUUUGCAUGUCUGUUCGAAGGAGAAAGCUAAGGUGCAGGUCUGUAGCGUGCAGCCCCCAAAACCCUCCUCACUCCCCCUGUGUCAACCACUCACACCCCCCCCUCCCCCUCCCUCCAACCACUGGACUGACUGAGGGUGCCCGAGCCCCCUCUCAAAGACUCCAUGAUGACCUGCUUCUCUCUUGUAAGAGAAAAAGGAGCAUAUUGUUUAUAUAUAUAUUGUAUGUGCUUAAAGCUGCAUUAAGUGAAUGACUCCACACCCACAGCAACGAAGCUAUGAUACUCCAAUGCCUUAAUAAGUGCUUUUGGCCACGUUUUUUUAUCAAGUUACAAGCAGAGGAUCCUUGGGCUCGCAAUAGAGAGAAUGGUUUUCUGCCAAUUGACAAAUCUAAGUUGGAUUUUAUUCACCUUUAUGCCACCAUAUACAGUAUGUUCCACUUUCUUUUGUUUCGUCACUUGUUUUUUAGACUCACUGUUUCCUAAUGAGCUAGAAUCUGUUUCUCAGGCCAUGUUUGGAGGAAACAGCUGCACACAGUUUUAUAUAAUGGGUCAGUGAGAGUUGGGUUUCCCCUCUUAUGGAUAAAUGAAUGAAAACAGCCUGAGAACUGCAGAAAUGGGAAUAUCUUUUAGUUGUAUUUCACACAUUUUACUUACUCUGAGCUCUUAUGGUAAUAUCAAAUACACCGCUUAAUGUAGUUUUAUCGAUGUUUUUAACUUCUAUUUGUAGAGAACCAAAUGAGUUAGCUGUGAUGAAAUGAAAUUAAGAACGAGAGGAAGAAAGACAAGAAUGUUUAGAGAUGUUGGUGAAGGCACAUGUUGUUGAAUCGCUUCAUUUUAGUGCACCUUAAACUGGCUGUGUUGCAAAUCAUAAGACAUUUAUUAAGUGUGGCAACCAGUUCACAGUAGAUGAGCUCAUUUUCUCCAUAUUUAAUGUCACCCUGUUGGCAAGAAAAGGCUCACAAACUAAAACAUUUUAGCUCCGAACCACCCAGAAGCUGCUUUGAAAGAGGAUGUAUAUCAAACAUCAUGGUGUAGAGGUAAUCCGAUGAUCUGAAGUCAGCUGACAAUACAUUUCUGCCAGCUUUCUAACUGCCGCACAAACAGGUCUGGGUAACUAUGAGAAACAAUAUACUGUUUUAAAAGUGGCAACACAGGCUUUUCAUGCCUGAUGACUCACAGCACAUUGAUAAAGUCUGAUUCAUGUUGGAGCAGUGUCCAAGUAUGUAUACAGAUAAGUCUGAAUGAAGGUCAGGACAUUUACUAAGAUUUAAGGGCAGAUAUCCAAACUUGGUCAGAUUUACCUUCAACGGUGGUGACGUACAGUACAGAUGCCUUGAGAUAAAAUUAAGAUUGAAAAAAGUUUUGGUGAUGCAUUUUCUACGUCUGACCUAAAUCCUGUGUUUAUUACUUAACAAAUGGUGAGAAACAACCAACGCAAAAUAAUUUUCCCCCUUAUACACGGAAAAAAAAAAAGUUUGGGGUGGGAUUAAGGAAAGAUUAUUCUGGCAAAUCCUUCUUUAAACCUGCUUUAAGUCAUUAACACAAGAGAGAAAACUAAUUAUUGCAGACUUAGCAAAUGGAUCACCCUUCUUUUCUCAUUUGACUUUAAGGGCUGCAGUAGUGAGGCUCUCGCUAAAUUACAACUUUAAUUGUGGAUGACGUUCGUUUGUGUGAAAUGGACUGCAGACGUAGAAACCAUUGAUGCAGAUAGCUUUAAUUUCUGAUACCACUACUAUACUGCCAAUCAAUUAAAUUAGCAAUUUGGCCUCUAUUUUCGUUUGUUUAAUUUUUAAUUUCUCAAAUACGUAUAAUCAAAGAAGGAUGAGACAACCGUUAUGAAAAUGGUGUUUAAUUUAUUUUAAAGCUUUAUUUACUCUUGGUAAUGGUUGGAAAUGCCAGCGCUGUUAAAGUUUUUGUGCAAUCACCCCCCCCGCUUGCCACUAUGAGCCACAAAUACUGUACUAAUGCUAUGAGACAUGUUUCAUGUUGCGUGAAGGAUGUGUAUAUAUAUAUAUAUGUGCUUGUAUGUUUUUAUUUCGCAUGUAGGUACGAUUUUAAUUUCCCCUGUACAGUGUGCUUUCGCCCGUUCUUUUUUUCUUUUUCUUUUAAGACUGUAGAAGUUGCCACACAAAUGGAUCCAAUUCCAGGCCCAAACAUAAGCCAGAUGCCUUGGCGGCGCUGCUGUAAUGAUAAAGGGGUUACAUAUCCAACUGUGUUUUUUUAAAGCUGCUCCAUUCCCACUUCAAAGAACCGUCUCUUCUCCUUUCCCCCUUCCUGUGUUGAUGGAUGGGGUUAAUUUGUGAUUAAGGUACAGUUGUUGUACACCAUGCAGAGCCCUGAAGCACUGACACCAGAUCAGACAGACCACAGACCUGAUGGGGGCAGAAAGACGGGAGAAUCUCACCUGGAAGUGAUUGUGAGGCCCUGACUCUGAGCUGGGAUUGGAGAGGGUGGGGUUCUUUAGGGUGGAGGGUAUCCCGUUGUGAACUUUAGUCCCUGGGGUCUUCUACACAUUAAAAACCCAGAUUUAGGAACAGCUGGAUCUGGUUGUGGUGAAGUGCUGUGUGAGCCCCCUCCCCUACAUCUAAAUCAUCUGUAUAUUACUGCAGCCAGACUAAUAACACAAAUAAGGAUGAGAAUAGAGACUUCACGGAGUUUGAUGCACCUCCACCACGUUUCCAUCUCACAGCUCUGUGUGUUAUACGCUUUAUUGAAUUAGUGCACUGGUUGGUUUGUGUCCACAGGUAUGAUUCACGUCGUUUGCUUUUUGUAUAUAGAUUGUAUCUAUAGGCUCUAAAGCAGAUAAUUUUAAAUAAAGAUAUAAUCCACAAUCA